AUUCCAGAUUACGUCGUAAUUACACUCCGCAUACAUCCCUCAACUAUUUCUUCAAAACCCACAUUUCUUCUCUGCAAUGUUCAUCAUCUCCAACAAUAGAUGCAAUUCAGUGCCCGUUUGAUUCAGAUUUCAUCUCUUUAUUCUCACCCCCAGUUUUGAAAUUAGCUUGCAAUUAUGGAACACCCCAAUCGUUUCAGUUCCCAUUUCUAUUUUGUUAAGAAAUAAAAACCCUAGUUCUUCAUUUCAGGAAUUAGGGUCUUUUAAUUCCCCCAAAUCGUACAAUUUCAAUUUGGGAAUUUAGAAAAUUUCGACGAUGGAAGGUGAGAAAUUGAUGGAGUCUGGAGCAGGUGAGAGUAGGGUAAAGAGAGAGUGGGAGGAGAUUCAAUUGGAACUUUUGAUGAAGAUCGUGUCUUUCAUGGAUGAUCGGACGGUGAUCGUUGCUUCUGGUAUUUGUAGUAGAUGGAGAAAUGUUAUUUGCAGUGAACUUACUCGUAUUUCACUCUCUUGGUGCACAAAUAACAUGAACAAGUUGGUGCUUUCUCUUGCUCCAAAGCUCACAAAACUAAGGGGUUUGACCCUUCGGCAAAAGUUUGAACCGCUGCUUGAUGAUGAUACAGUCGAGACCAUUGCUAAUAACUGUCAUGAUUUGGAGGAUCUUGACCUCAGCAGGAACUCUAAACUUGGUGAUCCGUCCCUUUCUGCUUUGGCCCGUGGCUGGCCAAACUUAACUAAGCUCAACAUCAGUGACUGCUCUGGUUUUAGCGAUGAUGGUCUCGAGUUUGUUAGUAGUCGCUGUAGAAAGUUGAAGAUUUUGAACCUUUCUGGGUGUGGGAAAGCGGUGACCCACAAGGCCUUGAAGGCUAUUGGAGACAACUGUCGACAACUUGAGUCGAUAAAUCUUGGUAAGUGUCCGCGAGUUGAUGAUGCUGGCGUGAUGAGUUUAGUUUACGGGUGUCCUGAUCUCCAUGUUGUUGACUUGGAUCACUGUUUCGAGAUAACAGAUGAGAGUGUGAUAGCUUUGGCAAACAAUUGCUUACAUCUGAGGUCUCUUAAUCUAUACGGCUGUGAAAAUAUCACGGAUCGGGCAAUGUACGCUUUGGCCCAUAGCCGAGUAAAAAACAAAGAUGAAGUAUUUUGGGAACCAGUUAAAACCCGAGGCGAGAAAGAAGGCCUCAUGAACCUCAACAUCAGUUUCUGCAAGGCUGUAACACCACACGCGGUUCAAGCUCUCUGUCGUUCGUUUCCUGCACUUCAUACGUGCUCAAGAAGGCCUUCUCUCAUCAUGCAUGGCUGCAAGAAGUUAACCUCGGUCCACUGCGCGUGUGCUUCUCAACUGCAUCGUGCCGUUCGCCCCGCUUAGGGGAUGGACAGUUGGUAUCAAUCAUGUGCUUAUAGUUGGUUUACUUAAAGAUUUCUGGAUGUUGGUUCUUUUUUAUAUUCUGAAAAUAUGCUAUUAAAAUAGUUGAAAUAACUAAUCAAAUAUGAAAACCAGCUUUAUGUAGUUUUUAUAAAUGAUUGUAUCAAAUUACUAUUAAAACCAACCUAAUGUUUUUAUUUAUAAAUACUUGAUUGAUUGCA